AAAAAAAAAAAAAAAAAAAGUGAGGUAAAUAAAUAAAAAAAAACAUAGGAAAAUGCAAUGACUCCAAGUUCUAAAGUCUGACUCUUAAUUCUUCUCUCCCUCUCUCACUCUUUUUUUUCUUUGUCUUUCUGUUUCUUUACUUCAUUUUAUUUUACCCUGGUUUAUUUUUCCGUUCUCCCACUUAGAUAAGUAAUGGAAAUGGAUACUGAACCAGUAAAGCAACAAACUCAACCAGAAGAGUUUGAAGAGAUAGACACUACAGAAAACAAGCCCAAGUUUAAAGAAAAUGUAUCUUUACUUGAUCGUGGUAAAGGGAAUAAAAAGCAGUCAAGAACGAAUUCACCUUCACCUUCUAUUCCACCAGGAAGUAAGACCAACAUGACACGCGAUCAAAUAAAGUAUUGUGGGGCUAUCAUGAGAAACCUAAAGAAACACAGAGACGCUGCUCCCUUUUUACACCCUGUGGAUUAUGUCAAACUAAACAUUCCUGACUAUCCACACAUCAUUAAACAUCCUAUGGAUUUGACAACCGUAGACCAAAAGUUAAAUGCAGGCGAAUAUGAUACGGUGGGGGAUUUUAUUCAUGAUAUACGAUUGGUAUUCAAUAACUGUUUCAAGUUUAAUGGUCCUGAAGCUAUGGUGUCUAUGUUGUGUCAAAAUGUAGAGACAGCAUUUGAAAAGAGUUUAAGACAAAUGCCACCUUCUAGAGGUGCUACACCCCCACCAAGACCUGCUUCUCCUGAUAUUUUCGACUUUGAACAAGACCAUGAACAAGACGAAGAAGAAGAAGAGGGAGAAACAAAACCUAAAAAGAAAAAAUCCUUACCUAAACCUACUAAUUUCCACACACUUUCACGCCGUAUUUCUGAAGACGGUAGACCCAAACGAGAAAUUCAUCCACCACCUUCUAAAGACUACCCUGAACCCAUCACAAAAAGACGCACCAACCCCCGAAAGAACGACCUUCAAAUGAAAUUCUGUGCUCAGACAUUACGAGAGCUCAAGAAAUCCAAGUACAGGGAUAUCAAUUUCCCCUUUUUGCAGCCUGUGGAUGUGGUAGCCCUUAAUAUUCCAGACUAUGUCAACAUUAUCAAGCAUCCCAUGGACCUGUCUACCAUCGAACGUAAGCUGGAAGAUGGCGAUUACGAUAGCCCUGAACAAUUUGAACACGAUGUUCGUCUGAUGUUCAAUAACUGUCACACCUAUAAUCCUCCCAACUUGCCUGUCUGUAAAAUGGCAAAGCAGCUGGAGAAAGUGUUUGAUGAGAAAUGGGCUCAAAAACCAUCUACACCUGUACAUACGCCCAUGGUGGAAGAAGAAGAUUUUGAAGAUGGUGAAGAAGACUCAGAUCAAGAUGAACGCGAUGAAAAGAUUGCAGAACUUGAACGUCAUAUUGCUACUAUUUCUCAACAGAUUGCAUCUAUAAAAUCACAAAAGAGAAAGAAGCAAGACAAGUCUACUCCUGUUCGUCGCCCAAGCAAACCAGCUGUUUCAAAAGAAAAGAAGCCUGUUCCUAAAGAAAAAAGAAAGAGAGCAUCAAAAAAGAAAGAGUCUGGUAAAUCACCAUCAAAAAAUAUGGUAGUGGAAGAACUUCCCGAGUUCUCUUUUGAUCAAAAGAAGGACUUGAGUGAACGUAUCAAUAAUUUACAGGGCGAUAGUUUAAAUACGGUUGUGAGUAUCAUUCAGUCUUCCAUGCCCAACUUGAAUGGACAAGGACAAGAGGAAAUUGUUUUGGAUAUUGAUUCAUUAGACAGACGCACUCUGCACAGGCUGCAUGAGUUUGUCACAGGCGAGAGUCUGGUAUAUAAAAAGGCUUCUUCCCCAGCAUCAAAGAAAGCAAGAACCCAUUAUUCAGAAAGAGAUACUAAUCGAAAGAUUCGCGAACUUGAAAAAACUUUAGAAAAAUUCAAUAGUGGUAUGUAAAAUGAACAGAUUUAUGUUUAUUGACUCUUUAAUAGAAUCCUCCAGUGAAAGUGACUCUGAUAGUUCUUCUGGAUCUGAUUCUGAUGAUUCUGGUAGUAGUUCUGAUUAGAGAGUAAGCGAUAUGUGUAGAUACCUUUUAAGCCAAAUUUUAUAAUAAAGA